AUGUACUUCUUGAGUAUAUCCGCCAAAGCAAAAACUACUCCUGUUCUGUACAACUCCGGCGAAUGUCCUCAUGUAGCCCUCUUGGAUGCUGCCUUACAGCAUAGCCAUCAUCAUGAUGCUGGCGGUGGAGGAGGUGGAGAUACCCAUGAAAAAUAUCAACAAAUCAUUGAUGACUUAAAACGAGAAUUGGAGCAAAUGUCCUGCGAGGUGAUUCAGGUUAAGCGAGAGUGUUGUAGUAAAGCUAAGGAUCCAAUCGCGGAGGAGGGUGCAUUGGAUUUAACCAAGUCUCUGAAGGAGUUGGAGUUACAAAAUGAUCGUCUGCAAGAGGCCCUGAAGCAGCAAAGCGAAGCUAAGGAGGCUGCCUGCAGAGAAUUGGAAACACAAAAUAAUAAUCUCAAAUGCCAAAUAGAUAGCCUGCACAAGGCCCUCGUGAAUCGUGAUCAACAUAUUAAGCACCUGAGUGCGGCGCUACAUAACAGCCAACAUUUUCAAUCCUGUCGUGCCAAUAAUCCCAGCUGUAAAGCUAGCCAUAGUAGUAGUCCAUCCGACAUGUGCUGCAAUAAUCAACAAAGAGUGGCGGAUCUCGAAAAACGUUUGGAGAUAAUGUCCAAAGAAUUGGAUAAAUCACAGCGCCAAGAAUAUUUUCUUCACUCAGAGACCAGGAAAUUGAAUGAAGAAUUAAAUGAAAAUAAGAGAAAAAAUGGGGAUCUGAUUACGCAAAUCCAACGCCUAUCUGGACUCUUGAAAUCCCAGGAAAGUCAUCGCUUAGGCUUGGCAAAGAAGUAUGAGGACCUGGAAGAAAAUUUUGAGGAUCAGGCGAAAAAACUGAGGACAGCCAAUGCUCAGUUAACGGUGCUGAAUGAACGAUUUCAGUUAAUGGAAAGGGAGCAGCAUCGGCAUAAUUUGGAGCGUAAAUACCUCACCGACGAAGUCAUGGCCCUCAAAGAAAAAGAAGCCGUUUGUGUGGGACGGCAAAAAAGUCUGCAAGAACAAUUAUUGAAAAUCGAAAAGGAGCUCUUCUCGGCCCACGAAGUUAUGCGCGAUCAACAACAUGUCAUGAAAACCAAUGAUCUGGCACAUGCCGAAGAGGUGCAUCGCCUAAAGGAGGAGCACUAUGACACCCAACGAAAAUUGAAAAAUUUAACCGAGGAUUAUAAACGACUUCAGCAGGCCUACGAAAACGAACAGGAAAUUUGCAAACAAUCGGAAAAGUUACUUGAAUCCUUUCGCAAAUGGAAGGAGGACCAGUUGCGUGCGGAUGCCGAGAACAAGAAGAAAUUUGAACAAUUAGAAGCCUAUAUUCAGCUGCUGUAUCAGGAUAAGGCGGAGAUGUUGAAUACCCAGAGGACCAUGUGGGAGGACUAUAAGACACUGGAGGCGGAAUUGGAACGUUUGAGUAUGACAGCAUUUAGUGUGUCCAAUCCACAAUUGGGUGUUACGGUGACGAAUACAAUGCUGGCGGAACGUUUAUCGGCCAUACGUCAAGCCCGAAGUCGUGUCAUGGAACAGACCUUGUUAAUGGAAGAGGCAAUGCGUCAAAAGGAGCAAAACGGAGCCCCUGGGGCCAGUAACUCAACAACCACAGCCACUGCUACAACUACCGAUAAACCAAGUUUGGAUUCCUUGAAACCGGAUUAA